AAUAUCCUUUUGGACUAUAACUAGGACUAAUGAUCAAUAAUCUGUUUUCUCCCAGUAGUAGGGAGAUCAGAAUACAUUUAUUUUGAUUUAGACUGCAACAUACAUAUGUAUUUUAAUUUUUUUCCUAAAGAAAUGAAUGUAAACUAGUGUGAAUUUGCUGAACACUAUUCAGUUUUGGUAAGAGAAUAACUUGGCCACUUUCAGGGAGAGGAAAACCAUGUAGAAUGGCUCUGCUGUCAGUCUCAUUUCCAGAUAAUUGAAAGUUUCUUUUACUAACUCCUCAAUGACCUGUUAUAUUUUCUUCUUUGGGCUAAAUCAGAGAGAUUGGUAUAGUCUCCAAAGUAGUAAUCAGGUCAUAUGUGGGGAAAUCUGCAUUUUAGUGAUGAAAACCCCUGUAAAUUCAAUCUUCUUGGCUUGCUUUGUGGAAAAUAUUCUACAUACAGUGAAGUCUAAGCCUUGGUUUCUCUAUUAGUCAUGAGAGAUGACACCAGGUGCUUAGCACAAGGUGGCGCCAAUGAGCUACAGAAGUUAGAUUUAACCACGUUAGCCUUUUUUUCCUGCUUUCUCUCCUCCAACCUCAUUUACUCUGCUUCCAGCUUCCACUAAACAAGACACAAAACAAUCCAUUCUAUUAUUGCAGGGAAUGGGAAGGAUUAAUGAAGGAUGUCAGUUUCUUAAGAAGUCAACAUUGGAAGCAUUCUCCUAAAUCAAGGAAUAGAGUUUGCUGAGUUUUCUCUGGGGUCUCUGCUUCCUGCAGCUAGCUUCUUUCCCUGGGUGACUGCCCAGAAGGCCUCUGCCUUCGGGUUUCCAUCUCUUUCCCCUCCAGGGGAGCCCACAGCCUAGGCGGGAGGUGGUUAAGGCUUCUGGCUGCUGUGCUAUGGGGCCAUCUGUGUUUGAUCAAUCCAGGCGGAAAGGAGGGGGUGGGGGUUGUAAAGAGACUGUGAAAGCAUUCCAGAGUAGUGAGAGAGACCCAGAGAUCAGAAAGAGAAGGCACCGCCCCCACCCCGCCUCCAAAGCUAGCCACGGGUUUGAGGGGAAGAGGCCGCCUGCACACUCCUACUCUGGCCCCACUCUGCAGGCUGCCAUGGGGCCCAGCACUCCUCUCCUCAUCUUGUUCCUUUUGUCAUGGUCGGGACCCCUUCAAGGACAGCAGCACCACCUUGUGGAGUACAUGGAACGCCGACUAGCUGCCUUAGAGGAACGGCUGGCCCAGUGCCAGGACCAGAGUAGCCGGCAUGCCGCAGAGCUGCGGGACUUCAAGAACAAGAUGCUGCCACUGCUGGAGGUGGCAGAGAAGGAGCGGGAGGCACUCAGAACUGAGGCUGACACCAUCUCAGGGAGAGUAGACCGUCUGGAACGGGAGGUUGACUAUCUGGAGACCCAGAACCCAGCUCUACCCUGUGUAGAGUUUGACGAGGUGACUGGAGGGCCUGGGACCAAAAGCAAGGGCAGAAGAAAUGAGAAAUACGAUAUGGUGACAGACUGUGGCUACACAAUCUCUCAGGUAAGAUCAAUGAAGAUUCUGAAGCGAUUUGGUGGCCCAGCUGGUCUGUGGACCAAGGAUCCAUUGGGGCCAACAGAGAAGAUCUACGUGUUAGAUGGGACACAGAAUGACACAGCCUUUGUCUUCCCAAGGCUGCGUGACUUCACCCUUGCCAUGGCUGCCCGGAAAGCUUCCCGAGUCCGGGUGCCCUUCCCUUGGGUAGGCACAGGGCAGCUGGUGUAUGGUGGCUUUCUUUAUUAUGCCCGGAGGCCUCCCGGAGGACCUGGAGGGGGUGGGGAGUUGGAGAACACUUUGCAGCUCAUCAAAUUCCACCUUGCAAACCGAACGGUGGUGGACAGCUCAGUAUUCCCAGCAGAAGGGUUGAUCCCCCCGUACAGCCUGACAACAGACACGUACAUUGACCUGGCAGCCGAUGAGGAAGGCCUUUGGGCUGUCUACGCCACCCAAGAGGAUGACAGGCACUUGUGUCUGGCCAAGUUAGAUCCACAGACGCUGGACACAGAGCAGCAGUGGGACACACCAUGUCCCAGAGAGAAUGCUGAGGCUGCCUUUGUCAUCUGUGGGACCCUGUAUGUUGUCUAUAACACCCGCCCUGCUAGUAGAGCCCGCAUCCAGUGCUCCUUUGAUGCUAGUGGCACCCUCACCCCUGAACGGGCAGCACUCCCUUAUUUUCCCCGCCGCUACGGUGCCCAUGCCAGCCUCCGCUAUAACCCGCGAGAGCGCCAGCUUUAUGCCUGGGAUGAUGGGUACCAGAUUGUCUAUAAACUGGAGAUGAGGAAGAAAGAGGAGGAGGUUUGAGGAGCCAGCCUUGUGUUUCGAAUCUCUCUCACCCCUGUACAUUUAUACUCCCACUAAUUUUCUGCUCCUCAUUCUUCAAAUGUGGGCAAGUUGCAGCUCAAAUCCUCUAUUUUUUAGCCAGUGGCAACCAAAUUCUCAUGGCCCCUUAAUUUCAGAUGGAACUCCAGAUCUUGAGUAAUCCUUUUAGAAAAAAGUGAAAACUCUAAAUGUUCACUCUUCUCUCCUGCCCCAUAUUAAUAAAUUAUAGGCCAAAGAUGACUCACACCCAGAGCUCUCACCCUUGUAUGGGGGCAACCCCAGGGAGCAGACUAGCUUGUUCUUGCCCUCACUGUGACUUAGGGGAGAGAGGAAUAGGAGGAGACUUCCAACUCUACACUCUCCCAACUCCUUCCUGCAGUGUCCUGAAGAAUGGGACUUUCUCCACAUCGUUUUGUAUUGCAACAUUUUGCAUUAAAAGGAAAACACACUACUC